AUGGUCACCAAGACGGUCAUCGCCCUGGGGCUCCUGGCCACCUUCUGUGCUGUAGCCAUGGCCGCCCCUGAACCCGGCGGUAGAUAUGGUGGUGGUGGUGGAUAUGGUGGCGGUGGUGGAUAUGGUGGCGGUGGUGGAUAUGGUGGAGGUCGUGGAUAUGGAGGUGGCGGCGGCUAUGGAGGUGGUGGCUAUGGGGGAGGUGGAGGUGGCUAUGGAGGAGGCGGAUACGGAGGCGGUCGAGGGGGAUAUGGUGGAGGAGGAUACGGAGGCGGCGGAUACGGAGGCGGUCGAGGGGGAUAUGGUGGAGGAGGAUACGGAGGCGGCGGAUACGGAGGCGGUCGAGGGGGAUAUGGUGGCGGUGGACACGGCGGCGGUGGCUAUGGUGGAGGAUAUGGAAAGUAA